CACUGAACAAGACAAAGAACACAAGCACCUUGGCGUCCACGUCCUCUUGGAGCCCGUGACAAGCUAGCUUUCUGUGUCGUUUCUUUUCAACACCCCCGUCCAUCACCAUGUUUUUGACCCGCUCGGAAUAUGACCGUGGUGUCAACACCUUCUCUCCGGAGGGUCGUAUCUUCCAGGUUGAGUAUGCCAUCGAGGCCAUCAAGCUGGGCUCAACAGCCAUUGGUAUUCAGACAAAGGAAGGCGUGAUUAUUGCGGUUGAAAAGCGCAUCACCUCUCCUCUCAUGGACCCUUCUAGCAUUGAAAAGAUUGUGGAGAUUGACUCCCAUAUUGCCUGCGCCAUGUCCGGUCUGACGGCCGAUGCGCGAACCCUGAUUGAGCGCGCCCGCGUUGAAGCACAGAACUAUUGGUUCACAUACAACGAGCCCAUGAGCGUCGAAUCUGUCACGCAGGCCGUCUGUAACCUGGCCAUGCAGUUUGGCGAGGGCGAGGAUGCCGAGUCAGGCUCCAUGAGUCGCCCUUUUGGCGUGGCGCUGCUGUUUGCUGGCGUGGACACAGAAGGCACCGAUAAGCGCCCGGUUCUGUAUCACGCCGACCCCAGCGGCACGUUUAUUCGCUUUGACGCCAAGGCUAUUGGAUCAGGCUCGCAGGGCGCACAGUCAACGCUGCAGGAAAAGUACGAUGCAACAAUGUCCUUUGCAGAUGCCGAGACACUGGCCCUCUCUACGCUCAAGCAGGUUAUGGAAGAGGUCAUCACCUCCAAGAACGUGGAGGUGGCCGCCGUCAAGGCGGAUAAGCCCUUUCAUCUGUAUAGCAAGGAGGAGGUUGAGGCCAUUUUGCAGCGCCUCGAGGAGUAAGCCACGACGGCCUGGCAGACCAAGGAAAUUCGAGACUGGCCAUCAAUUGGGUUUACCCGCCUGUCCCAAAUGGGGCCGUGGUCUCAGCGGACGCCAUUGCCUGCGUCUUUGUGGUGUGUAAACGUGUGCAUCUUGAUCUUUUGUGCAUUGUUGUUGUGUGAACUUGCCGGUGCGAUGCAAGGGCGGCUCGUUGAAUUGACACAAAACCCGU